CAGUCAAGGGCACAGAAAACUGUCGUUUACCAAACCUAGCCGUAGCUCACUACACGUGCAGCUUUGAAGAGUCCAACAACACAUCAGUUUUUAACAAAACAGCGGUAGAAAUGGAAGGCUUUGGGUCAGACUUUUCAGCAGGAGGAUCCGGCGGUAAAAUGGACACCGGCACCAUAAUGGAGCAAGUUAAAGUCCAAAUCGCGGUGGCUAACGCUCAGGAGCUCCUACAGAGGAUGACAGAUAAAUGCUUCAAAAAGUGCAUAGGUAAACCAGGCAGCACACUGGACAACUCUGAGCAGAAAUGCAUUGCCAUGUGCAUGGACCGGUAUAUGGACGCCUGGAACACAGUGUCCCGAACGUAUAACUCCCGACUGCAAAGGGAAAGAGCCCGCAUGUGAACAUCCCUCCCCUCCUCUUCUUUACCCUCCUUGGGAUGCUGCUGACAGCGAGGACCAGCACCCUGCACACCCAGGUGCAUCAUGGCAGCAGCACUCCAUCAACCUCUGUCAUUAUACCUCACAGACAGGCAAGCAAGGCCUGUGGACUCCUAGCCAUAACAGUGUCUCUGUGGACAUUUUAAAAUUGUGCUCUUGAGGAUCGGCUCACUAAUAAAGUUGAAUUAUUUGUUUCUUAUGUGUAAGAAAUGCUGUAA